UCCCCCCCGUGGUGGAGCCGGCCUUCCAGGACGUGCGCCAGGGCAUGGGGCGCAGCGUCACCCUGCGCUGCGCCAUGCUGAAGGGCAGCCCCAUGAAGGUGGCCACCUCCGUCUGGCGCUUCAACGGGACCCUUCUGGCGCAGCCCCUGGCAGAGCAGCAGGACUACUCAGAGCUGAAGGUGGACAGCGUGAGCCGGGAGACCAGCGGUAGCUAUGAGUGCAGCAUUUCCAACGAUGUGGGGGUCUCCACCUGCCUCUUCCAGGUGUCUGCAAAAGCUUACAGCCCAGAGUUUUACUAUGACACUCCCAACCCCACCCUGAGCCAGAAGCAAUCCAAGAAUUACUCUUACGUCUUGCAGUGGACACAGAAGGAGCCUGAAGCUGUGGAUCCCAUCCUCAAGUACCGCCUGGAAGUCCGGCAGCUGGCUCAGAGAAACACCAUCCAAACCUUCAUUCCUGUGCAGAAAAUGGAGAAGGGCCUGUUGCUGGAGCACAUCUUGCCCAACCUGAAAGUGCCUCAGAGCUAUGAAGUUCGCCUGACACCCAUCACCAGCUUUGGGGCUGGGGAUAUGGCUGCCCGCAUCAUCCAGUACAUGGAACCAAUCAACUAUCCCAACCCAACAGAUAACACCUGCCGCUUUGAGGAUGAGAAGAUCUGUGGCUUCGUGCAAGACAAGAUGGACAACUUUGACUGGACCCGGCAGAACGCCCUGACCCAGAACCCCAAGCGCACCGUCAACACAGGGCCCCCCACGGACAUCAGCGGUACGCCAGAGGGUUAUUACAUGUUCAUCGAGGCAUCCCGGCCCCGGGUGACAGGAGACAAAGCACGGCUCAUCAGCCCCCUCUACAACAUUACUGCCAAGUAUUACUGUGUCUCCUUCUACUACCACAUGUACGGGAAGCACAUCG